CAAAAAGAGUUAGAGAAGGGGUUGAAAUCCGCUCCACAUUAAACUUACAGCUGAGCUGUGAGGGGGCGUGACGAUUAAACUAACUCAGUUUUCUCCGUUUUAUCAUGGCUUAAAGUGUACCGAAAAUAUACGUGUUUUUUUUUUUUGUUUUGGUUUUUUUUGCUCUGUCCAACUAAUUCGUUUGAUCGAACAGAAUAUCGAAUGAACUGCACCAGAGUUUUGCACAUCUUGAAUCCUAGACCGAUGCCAUCUUCCAUCAUGCCUGUGGAUGUGGCCAUGAGAAUCUGUCUGGCACACUCUCCGCCCCUUCGCAGCUUCCUCAGUUCCUAUGAGAGCUGUAAAUCCAGAAACUUGGUCAAGCCAUUCAAACCACUGAGAUCAUGCAUCAGCUCGAAGACCAAGGUGGAAGCGACCAACCGAGGAUGGAAAAAUCCCAAAGGCAAAGGCAAGAAGAGAGUGGUUUUUGCUGACUCCAAAGGCAUGUCACUAACGGCGAUCCACGUGUUCAGGGAGUUCGAGGAAGACUCGCUCUUGCCACCAGACUUGCAGUUUGAGAUGUCAGACUUGGAGGAUGCCAUUGUGGGCCUAAAGGUGGAGAAGGAGAGGAGUUUUGUUUUGGACUUCUCCCAGCCUGCUGUAGACUACCUGGACUUUCGGAACCGACUCAAGAAGAACCUGGUAUGUUUGGAGAACUGUGUAAUCCAGGACAGAUCCCUCAUGGGUACGAUAAAAGUUAGCAAUGUAAGCUUUGAGAAGUCUGUUCAUGUCCGGAUAACGUUUGAUUCAUGGAAAAGCCACAAGGACGUUCCUUGUGUGUAUAUGAACAAUGUUUAUGGGUGUGCAGACAUCGACACCUUUACCUUCACCAUUGAUCUGCCGAGUUCAGUGCCACGUGAGGAUCAGGUCGAGUUCUGCAUCUCCUACACCACUCAUGAUGAGACACACUGGGAUAAUAACGAUGGGAAGAACUACAGGUUGGUACAUGUCGAUAAUGACGGCAAUCAGACCAAACAUGACACUCAGAAAACAGCGUAUGAACCCAGAAGCACCAACAAAAGGCCUGAGAUGGAGUUUGAUCAGUUUGGGAGCCCAAGGACCUCUAGUGGUUUCUUUCCAGAGUGGCAGAGUUGGGGGCGAAUUGAGAACAACUCCCCCUACUGGUGAGGGUAGAUGUUGCCACAAAAAUGGAAUACCUUUUUAGGAGGAGGUGCUAGAAAUGCAGAAUUGACUGAUGUAGCAUGAGAUCGUACUUGUAAAAAAAAAAUAUCGAAAAAGUUUGAGACAAAAUUAAUAUUGCGUCAAAUGAAAUGCUGAGCUCAUCACAAUGAUCAUAUUGGAUAUAUUCCUGGUUCAUACAAACUGUCCAGUGUUGAUGUUCAGGAUUUUGGCAGAUUAGAAGUGAAUUAAAUUAUAAUUUUGAGUCAAAUACUAACUAUUUUAACACUAUAUAAUGUAAUCUAAUUUCUCCAGUUUUUCUGUGCACUAAAGCAGUUCCAAGGUUAAGAAGUUCUCAAAACAGUCAUGUCAUGAAAUAGAUUUCCUUUUUUGAUUAGAUUACUUUUAGAAAAAUUGUGGCAUUAUUGGAACCUUUUUUCAAGGACAAAUUGCACCUCUAAAACAUCUUUUUUUUUUUCUUUUCUUCUCUCGUGCAGUAGUUUCUGUUGAAUAGACUUCAUAUGAAUUAUGCUGUUAAACUGAUCUGUGUGCAAUAUUGAGAGAAAGAAUCCAUUUCCCCGUGGUGACUCUGAAACACAGUGCAUUCAUCAAAGGUGGAAAAAGUCUCCUCCGUGUGCAAUGUGACUCUUCUUAUAGAUGUGCUUCCAUGAAAACAAGAAUAAGGGAAUUUGUAUUGUGUAAGAUGCCUUUAAACUAAACGGCGUGAAAGUGGAAUAAUUUGGUACACCAUCAAGGUGCUUCAUAUUGAAGUUUAAGUAUUACUUUAGUACCAUCUUAUUGGCCACUUUGCAGCUGAAGCAAUAAUCUAAAGCUUGUACAUUAUGGGCACCUGUGUAAUAUACUGCUGAUCAUUAAACAUCAUUAUCCAUGCACUUGUUCCAUUCAGUUUGUAUAUCUUUUUGUUGCACAUGCAUUUGACUUGCUGCCAUGUCUCCUUCUCCGUUUGCUGCUGCAGCCUUUUUUUUUUUUUUUUUUUUUUUUUUUUUUUUUUUUUUUUUUUUUAAAUGCCAGUGUUUUCUCUGCAUUGUUUCAUUGAUAUGUCAGAUGAAAUAGUAAGGGAUAUUGAAUGUUACUUAAUGCAAGUGUUGGUAAGUGUAGUAAUACAGAGAUAAAAUCUGUGAAGGAGUGGGGUAUUUGAGAUUAGUUAUUGUUAUAUAGUUUCUCAUGUUUGCUUCCUGUCUUCCAUUAGUGGGAAAAACAGUCUGGUCAAUGUGAAUGAUUGAAUGUGAAUAAUUUUUUAAUGCAAAUGGCUGACAUUUGUUAGCUACUGUUUAUUUUAGAGAUGGAAUAUGUAUGUUGACUGUAUAAAAGGGCUGGAAACUAUGGUGUUUGUCUGUGGAAUUUUCUACUGUAAGGAAGGGUGUCUCUAAUUCUAAGUUCCUUUAAGAAAGAAAUUGAAUAAAUGCAAUGUUUCUACCGUGAA